GCCACUCCGGCGCGUCCGGCUGAGCGGCGGACGCGCUGCGCGCUGCUCCGGGGCCGGGCCGCUGCCUCUGAGGUGGGCUCCGCAGGCCGCGGCCGGCGGGUGCCUCGCGCGCCCGCUGUGCCCUGCUCUCGGAACCGCGCCGGCCCGCCAAACGCGGGCGUCGGCGUCGUGCCCAGCCCGCCGGCCUCCCCAGGCCCGGCCGGCCCGGCGGGGCCAUGAGCUUCUUUGGCUUCGGGCAGAGCGUGGAUGUGGACAUCCUGCUGAACGACGCGGAUAGCAGGCGGCGGGCCGAGCACAAGACCGAGGAUGGGAAGAAGGACAAGUACUUCCUCUUCUACGACGGCGAGACGGUGUCCGGGAAGGUGAGCCUGGCGCUCAAGAACCCCAACAAGCGGCUGGAGCACCAGGGCAUCAAGGUCGAGUUCAUUGGGCAGAUCGCUUUAAGGUUGUCACUGGAUUCCGUGGCUCUGCAUGAGGUGUGCAGAUGGGCACGUCUAGCCAGCAGCUGUGCCAUCAUUCCCGAGGGUGACACCUCCCCAUCUGUGAAAGAGCUCUACUACGACCGCGGCAACCACCACGAGUUCGUGUCCCUGGUGAAGGACCUGGCCCGGCCCGGAGAGGUCACGCAGUCACAGGCCUUUGACUUCGAGUUCACGCACGUGGAGAAGCCCUACGAGUCCUACACCGGGCAGAACGUGAAGCUGCGGUACUUCCUCCGGGCCACUAUCAGCCGCCGCCUCAACGACGUUGUCAAGGAGAUGGACAUCGUGGUGCACACGCUGAGCACGUACCCCGAGCUGAACUCUUCCAUCAAGAUGGAGGUCGGCAUCGAGGACUGCCUGCACAUCGAGUUUGAGUACAACAAGUCCAAGUACCACCUGAAGGACGUCAUCGUGGGGAAGAUCUACUUCCUGCUGGUGCGGAUCAAGAUCAAGCACAUGGAGAUCGACAUCAUCAAGCGGGAGACAACCGGCACGGGCCCCAACGUGUACCAUGAGAAUGACACCAUCGCCAAGUACGAGAUCAUGGAUGGCGCGCCCGUGAGAGGAGAGUCCAUCCCCAUCCGCCUCUUCCUGGCGGGCUACGAGCUCACGCCCACCAUGCGGGACAUCAACAAGAAGUUCUCGGUGCGCUACUACCUCAACCUGGUGCUCAUUGAUGACGAGGAGCGGCGCUACUUCAAGCAGCAGGAAGUGGUGCUGUGGCGGAAGGGCGACAUCGUCCGGAAGAGCAUGUCGCACCAGGCAGCCAUCGCCUCCCAGCGCUUCGAGGGCACGACGCCCCUGGGGGAGGCACGGACCCCUGGCCCACUGUCCGACGGCGGCAGCAGACAGUAGGCCCAGGGCGGGGAAGUGGCUGGGGCGGGAGAUCCGCUGCUAACCCGCGCUCGCAGCCUGAAAACAAACCAUGUCUUUGACGUAAAUCCUUUUUCCUGAAGAACCUGAGGGGCUGGGGUUGGGAGGCAGGGUGUCCGGGACCCUGUGCCUGACGGGGGAUGCGGGGAGGAGGGGUAUCCCUGGGGAGCUGUCUGUGGGGCUGCAGAGGGCGCGGCCCGCGGAGGGGGCUCAGGCCAGGAGCUGCCGCGGGAGUCUGGACGUGGUGCUUUGGUGCCUCCACAGGCCGCCAUCGUCCUCCUCCGACUCCCAAGCAUGGUCCUGGACUGGACAGGGUGUGGGGCGCCUCUGGCCGCCGCCCCCGGGCACAGAGACACCAGGGUCCGUGUGGCACAUGGUCGGCAACAGGGAAAACUCAGUGGUCGUUUGCGGCGCGGUGGCCUUGGGCGCCCAGGAGCCGAGGCGCUUGGUCCCUGCUGUCCGUCUCAUUCCCGGGGACCAGCACUUAGUCUGACGCCUGGAAGCUGUCCUUCCCCCACAGCUUGGGACCAGGGGUGUUCUGUGUAUGUGGGUGCUUGCCACGCUAGAGGGGGUCUUCCGUGGCCCCACCACGCCUGGGCCUAUCAUGUUAAGGGUGUGGCUGUCCGUCCUGGCCUCUCAUCUCUUCUAAAAAGACCAGGCAGACCCUGGGGUCAGCAGGUACCAUGCACCCGAGGGUCUGGGUUCUUUGUCUUCUGGGAGGUUUGUUCUGUGUCGUCUUUAUAGGGACCCCUCUUUUCCUCGGAAAUCUGGGCAGCUGUGGGCCUUGGACUGGGCAGGGCUUUUGGGUCAGAGCUAGACUGGAGAGAGGGGCGUUUGGGUGGCGGCGGCGGGAAGAGCGCCGGCACUGGGGCAGGAGAGCCAGGCAAGGGCAGGUGGUCCCUCGGGUGGACCAAGGUUCCGGAGGGCGGAACAGCGCCCCUUGGCUUUUCCAGAGCGUGAGCCGAGCCCUGGUCCCCCAGGGCAGCCUCCACCGUGACCGUGAGGACCGCCCGCCCACCCUCUGCCCCCAGCCAGCUGCACCCGAUGCCCGUCCUCUGAGGGAGCCAGAGCGCAGCCGCUUCCGUUCUCUGCCUGCCCGUUGUCUGCCUCUGCGCCAGACAAGUGACAGGCGGCGGCCGGGACCCCGGCAGAGCGGAGGGGCCGGACAGGCAGCGUGGCCUGCGGUUGGACCGCUGCGCAUUCACAGGUUUCUUGAUGCGUGUCUUACAGUGGCUGUGUUUUAAACCAAGCUCUGUUUCAGCUGUAUGUCUGAUUAAAGCAAGCCCCUGGGCUCGGAGGCCCAGGGUCGUGCCCACGGUC